AUGGCGGACUCACAGAGCCCCGAGGCUCGUGAGUUGACCCUGAUAGGCAAGGUGGAAUUCAGGAUUGCCAUGGCAGAUACAGAUGAGAAGCUGCAGACACUAUUGGGAACAUACCUGGCGCCGUUGCUGUUGAAACUGAGCUCCGACAGCGUGGAUGUGCGCAACAAAAUCAUCUCGGUCUGCCAGCAUGUCAACACCCGAGUCAAGAACCCCUCCAUUCAACUACCCGUGGCAGCUCUGCUGAAGCAAUUUAAAGAGCAGAAAUCCCAACUUGUCAGACAUUUUGAUCUCAUUUAUGCUCAGCAAGGAAUCGAUCGUCUCGGGUCGGAGGCCAGAGUUGAUAUCCUUCUCCCUUUACUCCAGGGUAUCUCCCAAAUUGGAACCUCGCCCACUCAGGGUGCUAUCGUUUUCAACCUGGUCCUGCGCUUGCUGCCUCUGUUGAAAAUUCCAUCAAAGGGGAGUGAAGAAGAUCGAGCUCUGAAGGAUCGCCUGGGUAUGUCGGAUGAGGAUUCUCAGUUCUUGUCUUUUUGGCUGGCAAAGUUGUUGCUCCUCACCCCUGGACCGAAAGAGACCACAACGUGUCCUGGCCUAUCGCCUGAGGAGUACACAUUCUUAAACAAGGGUCUUCCCGCAAAUGAAACGUGGAAUCCUUCCGCGGAUGGCGGUUUGAACCUGACAGAGACAAAAGUUACCGCCCUACGAUUUAUCGGCAGUGGUGCUUUCAAAGAUCCUCAGCGCUUUUUGCCAUCGUUAAUUGCUUCGGCCGAUGCCAAUUCGCGCCUCGCUGAUCUGGGUGAUGAGACCUUGAAGCGAUUUACAGCGGACAUUGAGAACCCGGAUGUCGUGCAAGAGCUCUACGAUAUGUACUUUGGAACGCCUGGGGCCCCUCCCGCACGACCGCCGCUCCAGGUAAAGCUUUUGGUCUUCCUUGGCAAAUCCGUUAAAGCUACUUCAGACCCACAGAGGAUCAUGAGACUCGUUGAAGAGGGUCUUUUAUCUGAUUCCGCAAGAUCCGCUCAGGGAUUGCAGGCAUCGAAGCUACGAACUCAAAUUUUUACCUUUACUACAUGGGUUGUCCGCAUGGGCGCACCUUCCGAUCUCAAGCAGAUCGCACCCAAGCUGAUUGAAGGAUUGAAGGACUUUAUCCAGUCUCAGCAAUGGCCCAGCCCGGCUGCCAGCGGGCAGAAGUUGCCAGCAACAGACCUCAGCCUGCGAGGACUCGCUUAUGAAAGCAUAGGCAUCAUGGUUCCUAAAGUCGACUUUUCUCUGCAGUCCGAAGAAAACUUUGAGUUCAACCUCGUACGCUGGCUGUUUGCUUCUCUGAGCGCGGAUGACUCGAGCUCUGAAAUCUUCGUCAGCAUUGACCAGGCACUUGGAAGUAUUCUCAAUUCAUCGCUCGACAGCCACGACAAGACGUUCCAGGACCAGUUGCGGCCAUUCCUUGUCCGCCAGAUGAGCAUGCAGCCUGGAGACGUCGACCCAGAUACUGGCUACCGCGCCGUUCGUGGUGUUCAAUAUGCGGCCGUGCGAUUUGCCAAUCGUUUCCUUCCAUUCUCUGAUGUAGUUGCUAGGUGGAUCGACCUGAUGGCUAUUGCAAGAGGCCCGGAAAGGCAGCAGGAGAUUGUUGAAGAAGGAAAGAAGGGUCUCCAUCCAUACUGGUACAGACUCCUCAACCCAGCCAAAGACGGAAAGUGGUCUGCAUCAGCGGAAGCUCCAAAGCAGGAUGAAUCCUGGUUCAACUUUCCGAAGUUUGACGAGACAACCCGGUUUCUGCUGGGUUCGGGUGGUCAAGAAGAGCACCUGAAUGUUCAGGCCAUGUCUGCGUCACAAUUAUUGUCUGGGCCUUACAAGGGCUCCUUUGUCCCUACCAUAUCAUUCCUCCGCAAUACACUACUCUGGGAAGCGUUUUCUGCCGUCGGGAUCACCGUGGCCCUAGAACAGGAUUGGGACUAUAAGCUAGAAGUGCUUCUCUCUACCAGCCCCGAAGCCCGCUCGGCUGUGAGACAGUACAUCCGACAGCAUGCCAAGGACUCUGUGGGGGCCCUGUUGUCCGGUACUCUUGAAGGUCUUGUGACCGGUGGACGUGAAGGCCUGCGCCAGUGCGGUGCUCAUUUCGUGGAGAUUUGCUCACUGGCACCGGAUGACGUUGUUGGGCAGUUGAUUUCACGUGCCGCGUCCUUGAUGGAGCCUAUCUGCAGCAAUGAUCAGGAUAACCAGGGGAUCACUGCGCGCGCCUUUGGUAUUUUGGUAUCCCAUCCAGAUUUCCCAGAGGAACAAUUACAAAGUUUCACUGCUCAAUUGACCAGUGUUAUUCAAACGUGGAACACUGCCGUUGGCUCAGAGGUGCUGCGAGUUCGUGGCGCAAUCUUGGCGCUUUCAUACCUGCUGAGUAGACUUGCAUACCGAGGGCUACUCGGAAGAAACCCGGAGGCGCAGGUCAAGCAAUUUGUUGAGAAUGUGUUUGAUAUCCUUGACGCGUCUCGAGACACGCUCCUUCAGAGAACCGCACAAGAGGCGAUCGGACAGCUGAGUUUGUCCGGAGUACUCUCAGUCGAUAUUCUCCCCGAAGAUGGCUGGAAGAAGAUCCAAGAGAAACUCUCACGCGACGCCAAGACCGAGAACCAAAUCCCUAUCAGCUCUUUGGGUCUGCUGACCCUUACAUUCUCCCGGUCUGACGGUACCUUGCUCGGUAUUUUCCUCGACUCCCUCUACAGUCUUCAUGAGAUCCGCAGCCCCGAGGUUCAAUUCACCAUCGGCGACGCCCUGAGCAAUGUCGCAACUGGAUGGGAUUCUCGCGCGCUUAUUCAAGAUUUCGACGUCGAUGCUGACUUCCCUCACUCCGACGUCCCACGCACCGUGUUCACGAAAAUCUGCGACAAGAUCAUUGCUGACUGCAUUGCGCCCAAGCCAUCUCUCCGAAAGGCGUCUGCCAUCUGGCUCCUGUCGCUUGUCAAGAACUGUGGCCACAUGCAGGAGAUGCAGGAACGACUGCGCAAGUGCCAAGCUACCUUCAGCAGCCUCCUUGGAAAUCGGGACGAGGUGGUGCAGGAGACCGGUGCGCACGGACUCAGCCUUGUAUAUGAGAUCGGCGACCAAUCCCUGAAGGACGAUCUGGUCCGAGACCUGGUCGAUUCAUUUACUGCAACGGGCCCCAAUCUCGGGGGUGGCAAAGUUGAGGCUGACACCCAGCUAUUUGAACCCGGAGCCCUGCCCACUGGCGAGGGAAAUUCUGUGAACACCUACAAGGAUAUCAUGAACCUGGCUGCCGAGGCUGGUGACCCGACUCUGGUGUACAGAUUCAUGUCGCUGGCCUCGAACAAUGCCAUCUGGACGAACAGGGCGGCAUUUGGCCGAUUUGGGAUCAGCAGCAUCUUUUCCGACUCUAGCGUCGAUGGAUACCUGGCUAAGAAUCCGAAGAUCUAUCCCAAGUUGUUCCGCUACAGAUUUGACCCCAAUCCUAAUGUGCAACGGUCUAUGAACACCAUUUGGCAGGCUUUGGUCAAGGACCCUACUGUGGUUAUCGACACACAUUUUGAUGAGAUUAUGCAAGAUUUGUUGAGGAGCAUUCUUGCCGGUCGCGAAUGGCGUGUGCGACAGGCCAGUUGCGCUGCAGUCGCUGACCUCAUUCAAGGCCGCCGCCCGGAGAAGUUUGCCCACUACCUCGAUGAAGUCUAUAGCAAAGCGUUCAAACUACUGGAUGAUAUCAAGGAGUCUGUUCGAACUGCCGCUUUGAAGCUCUGCCAGACUAUCACCAACUCUGUCAUCCGCACACUGGAGACGAGUGGCACGGAGAAGCGCGCAGAAACUCUGCUCAAAAGUGCGAUUCCAUUCCUUUUGAGCGACAAGGGACUAGAUGCUAGCGCGGAGGAGGUUCAAACCUAUGCCAUUGGUGCUCUCAUCUCGAUGAUCAAGAAGAGUCCCGCCAGCCUGCUGCGCCCGCACGUUCCCAACAUGCUGGAGAAAUUCCUGAGUGCACUCAGCUCGCUGGAACCCCAGGCUGUCAACUACGUCCAUCUAAAUGCCGACAAGUACGGUUUGACUGGCCAAGAGAUUGACAAAAUGCGCCUCUCCAGCAUUCGGACGUCUCCAAUGAUGGAGGUGAUUGAGCGAUACCUGAUUGAUAGUCUUGAUGAAAGCAACAUGGAUGAGCUGGCGCAGAGACUGGAAGACGUCCUCCGGUCAGCCGUCGGCCUGCCCUCCAAAGUGGGCUGCAGUCGCGUUUUAGUGUUGCUUAGCAUGAAGACCCUGAUGUUCCGGCCCUACGCAGACCGGUUCAUCCAGAUCUUGACCAAGUACGUUGUCGACCGAAACGAGACGGUCAGCGCAUCCUACUGCUCCUCUAUGGGCUACCUCCUGCGGCUCGCUUCGGACGACCGUACCCUGAAGACCAUUGAGUUCGCGAAAAAUCUCUACCUCACAGCUGAGGACGCAACGCCCCGAGUCAUCUCCGGAGAAAUUCUCUACUCAGCCUCGAAACUGUCCAAUGACCGCUUCAUGGCAUUCGCAGCCAGCGCACUACCCUUCAUCUUCGUGUGCAAACACGAUGGCGACGAGCAUGUGAAAGAUCAAUUCGAGAAAACUUGGCAGGACAACGUCGGUGGCUCGCGCGCCGUGUCGCUCUACAUCCGUGAGAUUGUCGGCCUUGUUUCGGAUAAUUUGGACUCUCCCCGGUGGGCCAUCAAGCAUACGGCCGCACGGGCGAUAGCGCAGGCGGUGCUGUCACUUGACACGGAGAUCGAUCUCCCGACCACUCAAUUGGUUUGGCCGGUGCUGGAGCGCGCGCUGGCGGGAAAGACCUGGGAGGGUAAAGAGGUCGUGCUGAAGGCACUAGUGAAAUUCAGCAGCCAGGCGAAGAAGUGGCAGACUAAGGAACAAACCAGUCUAAAGCGAGCUAACGUUUUGUACCGCCCGCACGGAUUACGGGCUAUGGGCGAGAUCGCACAAGUACGUAAGGACUUGAAUUUCAUGCCUGAUGUUUUGGAUUUCAUUCCAUCCGUGGUGGAAGAAAUGUGUGAGGAGGAUCAAAUGGAGGUAGAGUCUAAACAUGGCUCGGCCCAGGACGAUACCCUUGCGGCGUGUAUACAAUGCCUCCUGCAAUGUUUCAACCCGGAUACAGGAAAAGAGUACGUGGAACAGAUGACCGGUCUCCUGGACCAGGUCCUCCAACACGGUGGACGACAGGUCGUCAGCACGGGCUACGAAGAGCUCCGGGCGUUUUUCAGUCGAGUGGAUCAGUGGAUCUCGGAUGCCUCCGGUGAGCGACAGAUAGUCCCCUUGAACUCUCUGUCAAAACUUCUCAUCCGGGAGCUGGAUGGAUCUGUCGAGGCCAUCCGCAAGGGUCGUGCAGAAGCUAUUCUGGCAUACCUGAAACUGGGGUCAGCGCCCGACGCACUUGUCACCAGUCUGCGGGAAUGGAGAGGCAGCGAGCGGUCCGGAACGGUGCAAAAGCUCCUGGACGAAGCCCUAACCCACGUGGCUACCUGA